AAAAAACUGCCACCUCUGGUUUCCCAAGAAAAUAACAAAGACACGUUUAACGGUACGAUGCUUGGUUGAGAUUAGCUGAAUCAGCAGCAGCAUUUGCAAUUAAGCAACUUGGCAGUUAUAACAACCACAAAUUUUCCGGUAUCACUCACUUCCGUCGUGAAUGGCGUCUUCGUGGUGGUGCUCUUCUCCCUUCACCACCCUCACCCUAACAACCACCACCCGCCACUACUCUUUCACGACUCACACUCCUCAAUUACACAUCAACCAACUCCCUUCUUCUUCUCGCUUCUCCACCACUCCAUCUUCCCUUCGAUUUAGGGUUCCAUGCUCCAACAACAAAACCACCGGCAAAUCAACGGAAUUAUCCACCGAUACCGAGUUUCUAGGGCAAGACGUGGAGUGUCUCCUAACCACAGAAGAAGAAGAAGAUGGAAUAUCAAAGAAAAAAGAUGAAUCAUCGAAGAGACUGUGCUUAGCGGAAGGGUUAUGGGAAGGUGCUGUGUUGAUAUCACCAUUCUUCUUCUGGGGAACUGCCAUGGUUGCAAUGAAAGAAGUGCUGCCGAAAUACGGUCCUUUUUUUGUUUCUUCUUUUCGUCUCAUUCCUGCUGGGUUUCUUCUUGUUGCUUUUGCUGCUUCUAGAGGAAGGCCUUUACCUUCUGGCUUCAAUGCUUGGCUUUCUAUUUCUCUUUUCGCCAUCAUCGAUGCUGCGUGUUUUCAGGGAUUUCUGGCAGAAGGGUUGCAGAAGACAUCAGCUGGUUUGGGCAGUGUUAUUAUUGAUUCACAACCUUUGACAGUGGCUGUACUUGCAGCUUUGUUAUUUGGUGAAUCCAUUGGUGCUGUUGGAGCUGCCGGGCUUGUACUUGGUGUCGUAGGACUUGUGUUACUCGAGUUACCUGCCCUAUCAUUUGAUGAGAGCAACUUCUCACUGUGGGGAAGUGGGGAGUGGUGGAUGCUUCUUGCAGCUCAGAGCAUGGCAGUUGGCACUGUCAUGGUUCGCUGGGUCUCCAAGUACUCUGAUCCUAUCAUGGCAACUGGAUGGCAUAUGGUUAUUGGUGGUCUACCCCUUGUGGCAUUCGCAAUUCUUAACAAUGACCCUGCUGUAAGUGGGAGUCUUAAAGAGUACAGCUCAACUGAUGUAUUGGCACUCCUCUACACGUCUAUUUUUGGAAGCGCUGUUAGCUAUGGUGUGUUCUUUUACAGUGCAACUAAAGGUAGCUUGACCAAGCUCAGCUCACUUACAUUUCUAACCCCAAUGUUUGCCUCAAUUUUCGGGUUUCUGUAUCUUGGUGAAACCUUCUCACCUGUACAGCUUGUUGGGGCCAGUGUUACUGUAGCUGCAAUAUACAUGGUUAACUUCAGAAACACUUCAGAAUGAAAUAUAUAGUCAGUUUUCGACUGAUUCUUUCAAACCUAACCCAAUGAAAAAAUGGCCGCGAAUCAAAUUGGGAAGGGUAAUGCUUUUAAGGAGAGAAGUGAGUGAUGUGAUCUUAAGCUUGCUAUCAUGCUUUAUAGUGUAAAUACAAUUUUGAUUAGUUGUUAUUUCAGGCGUUGAGCCUCUUUCUCGACAAUGUAUAGCAGAAAAUUGCAAGUUCCCAGAGUUGAACACAAACCUUGUACAAGGUAAAAUUUGUUUCCAUAGAAAUUUCUUGUAUUGCACUAGGAGUCUAGGACUGAAUAAGAAUGUAUAGAUUAUGACUUGCUUAUGGCAAGUUUUGUAAAUGUGAAUUGUUGAUCACACAAAUGUAAUACACAUUUCUGGUU